CUGGCUGAUUGAGGUACAUUACAAGUUUGAACUAAUGGAGGAGACGUUGUACCUGACGGUGAACCUCAUAGAUAGGUUCUUAGCAGUCCAACCGGUUGCGAGGAAGAAGCUUCAGCUGGUUGGUGUCACAGCAAUGCUUCUGGCCUGCAAGUAUGAAGAAGUCUCUGUCCCUUUGGUCCAGGACUUCAUCUCCAUCACAGACAAAGCUUAUUCCAGAAAUGAAGUCCUUCAAAUGGAGAGGGUGAUGAUCAAUACGUUGGAGUUCAACAUGUCGGUUCCGACACCGUAUGUGUUCGUGAGACGGUUCCUUAAAGCCGCGCGAUCUGAUAAGAAGUUGGAAUGGACGUCUUUGUUCGUGAUUGAUCUCUGCCUGGUUGACUAUCAAAUGUUGAGGUUCCCGCCGUCGCAGCUGGCGGCGGCGGCGGUGUUCACCGCCCAAUGCACCCUGACCGGCGGCGGUGGAGGAGGCUGCAGCCUGGACCAGUGGAGCAGAACGUGCGAGACCCACCACAGCAAAGAACAGCUCUUGGAGUGCUCAAAACUGAUGGCUUCUCUCCACCGGAAAGCAGCUAGCGGCGGGCGGCUCACGGCGGUGCUCCGCAAGUACAGUGCCGCUAAAUUCGGGUGCGUGGCCAAGUCCGCCGAACCCGCCGUGUUUCUUUCAGACGGUUAGAGUGGUUUUGGUCUGGUCUCGGCGGGGGUUCAAUUCUUUGUUGACCAACCAAACAAUCAAACAAGUUUCCAUAUAUUGCAUGUCAUUAUUUUUUGUAGUUAUUGGUGGUACAAAAUAAUUGUAAGAAAAUAAUAUUGUGGGCAUAAAUAAUACUCUGGGUA